AUGUUGUUGAAAAGGUACAAUCUCCCAGAUGUGUCCAUCCUGACUGUGAGCCUCUAUUUGGAGGCGGACGGCAACGGCAGAGACGGUCGCAAGGGACUUCUCACCCGUUCGAAUAACAAGAAAUCCUCCAAGAAGUCACAAAAUCGUCUUGUCGGCUUUGUCACCCUUCCCGUAACGAAUUUAUGCACACGAAACCCGUCUCAAACUUGGCUUACCCUCCAACCGCCCGCCAAUGCGGAUUCAAUGAACCCUAUGCUGAUCAGCUCAAACGAAAUCGGUGGCGGCAACUUCACUGUUGGAGCAAACAAUAGUAGUACAGGAUUUAUCUCCACCACUAAUUGCAAUAACACUCCAAAUGGGACCGGUGUCCAACUGCGUGUCUCCGUUCGCUACAAGUCCGUCGUAAUUCUUCCUCUUAGUGUUUACAUCCCCCUCCAUACGCUGGUUCAGGAGAAUGGAAUCGAGAUGACCGAGUGGUUCGAGCACCUUAUUCCACUGAAAUUGAAGGAAGAAGUGGCCUCUUGCUUGGUCAAUCUCCAUGAGCGAGGUGGAACAGCCGCAGCCUUCUUGACUGAACUCGUUGUCCGCGAAGUCUCUGACUUGGAGAACGAAUCGAUGACCUUUCGGUCCAACACCAUGGCAACCAAGGCUGUGGAAAGCUAUAUCAAAUUGGUGGGCAAGGAGUACCUGCACAAUCUUCUCUACCGGUACAUUCAACGGGUUCUAACAUGCCCUGACACUUGGGAAGUAGAUCCAAACAAACUUUCACAUUCCAACAUUUCAGGAGGCUCCUUGCUCUCUCCUGAUGGUCGUGGAACAUCAUCAACUGCAACCAUGAUUAUUCAGGAUUACUGCUCUCGAAAAAGAAUUUCAAGUACGAGUAGUAGUUAUUCGGACGCCCCAGAAAAUGGUCUUUCUCGUCUUGCGGUGCUGAACAAUGGAAGAGUCGCCCAACCAGGAAGUCUGGUCUACAGUCAAACACAGCUUCUUCAACAUCUCGAUCUCGUGUGGGAGGCUGUGUGCGCAAGUCUACCAAACUUCCCCAAAUCGUUGUUGGACGUGUUUUCGUCAUUUCGGGCGGCAUUAGAGCCUUCAAGGGGGGCAGAGUUCUGUGACAAGUUGAUCUCCGCCUGCAUCUUUCUGCGCUUUGUCUGUCCGGCCAUCCUCACGCCCUCCCUCUUCGGCCUGGCUAGCACCUUCCCGGGCGAGUCGAAUUGUCAACGCAAUCUUACCCUCAUCGCAAAGUCUCUCCAAUCACUCGCCAAUCUCUCCACUUUCGGCGAUAAGGAGUCCUUCAUGCGCUUCAUGAAUGCCUACGUAGACGUGCAGAUUCCAGUAAUGCGCAAAUUUUUGAGGGACAUUUCCUCUCUUCCUGGAGGGCUUGAAGGCAGCGCUACCGAGCGCGUGACCUCACCUGUCGCCAGCAAUAUCGACUGCGGUUACGAGUUGGCCUGCUUGCAAAACAUCUGCCAGGAACUCUUUAAUCCUCCUCCUGAUAGACAGCGCAAUGCCUCAACCACUUCUUCGGUUUUCCCCUCUGGCAACACGUCAUCGACCGAGUUUCUACCUCCUUCACUCUCUCGUCUUCCCGAAAUCAUAGAUAACUUGGAGAACCUAAAAAAUGGAACUGGACUUCCAUCAAGUGACUUCACUGAGAGUCGAGCAACCACCGACUCCGCAUAUGCUUCUGUGGAUUCCACCAAGCGUCUUCCUGCUCCACCUAUGGCCUAUGCUACCUCUUCUAGUGUGAAAUCAGCUAUUCUCAAUCCACAAUCUCCUAUGGAAGAAUUCAAAGGGGAUUUUUCCUCCUCUACAGUGCCUCGACAAUCGAUUCCUGAUCUUAAAACUCUCGGAUCUCCGAUCACUAAACCAAGAGCAGUUCGACCUACAACCGUUCGAAUACCAGAGAGCAGUGCAUAUCAGCAUCAAUCUCUCCUGAGUGACGUUGUGACGACUUCAUCGAAGAGGACGACUCCUUUUGGAGAGGAUGAGGCUGAUGAUCGGGUCACUGUGCGGGAAUUGCUCAACGCGUCCGUCUUCCGACGAAAUAGCGGCGCUGGGAGACAUGAUGUAGACUAUGACGACCCCUAUAUCGAUGAGGUGUAUGAUUCAACGCACACAUCUCGAAGACGGUCGAUAUACGACGCGCCUUAUGAGGGGGAAAAUAAGAGCUGCGGAAGUGGCGGACAAAUGACAUCCAGUAGUGGAGCGAGUCCAGUUCACACUCUGCAGUUCCCCUCACCUCCUCACAGCGCCUUCUCACUCUAUCGACGUCCAGUUGUUCCCAAUAGUCCAGGCUCAGAAGUUCAACAAGCAGAAUGUCCCAUCUCCAGUCCCUCCGUUGCACCUCCCGCUCACCCACAAAUGAAAACACUGGCCAUUUCUCGAUCAUCUAGUGGAAUUGCAUCUGCUGAACAGUUCUCGCCUCGAAGGAACUAUCAACAACAUAGAAACCACCAUCACCACCACCACGCCACAGUGGCUCGUGGUCCCUUGAAAGCAACGACUACAACAAUGUCGAGUAACGAGAACAUUAUUCUCGAGCCUAGACCCAAUUCUAUUAUUACUCACUUUAAGCCACAUCUCUCAAGGUCUUCAACUGCGUCUUCAUCUCUUAUCACUAACAAUAAACAGGAGUCACCAACCAGCGCAACACAACACCACUACCCUUAUCGUCAAGUUAUCAACACCAGUCUGGCAAGCAAUCACCCUCAUCCUCCUCCUCCUCCCGCCACCACCUCUUUGAUUGGAACUCCAAUGCAGUCCACUGCAACACAGCAAAAGAUGUCUUCCUCGGCGAUUGGUCCCAGUCUCAUCCCAAUGGACUACGAUUUAGGCGACUAUUAUGCAGGCGCAGUAGCCACUGAUGACAUGGCUACCGUUGGAAUUAACUCCAACUCCUGGUACCUUGAACCUGAUAGCAGCGGUGACGGCGGCGGCGGCAGCAGCAGCAGCAGACGUCACUUGUCUGUCAAGAAGCACAAUGAACAAAGUGAAGCUAGAGGUUAUGUCCAUACGCAACCCGUACUGGCAGAAAAUGAACAUAUUUUAACGUCUACACUGGAAGAGCUAGGCGACGCUGUUGCUUGGCUUGAGAGAGAGCGCAAUGAUCUUUUGAACAUGCAGGAGCGUCAUUUGUCCAACAAUCGUUCAAGAUCUCGACCAACUCAGAGCCCCUCGCUGACAAUUCCACCACUCACUUUGCCCUCCAAAUGCGGCCCCUCGCUGACAAUUCCAGCCCCUGCUGUUUUUGAAAUUAGUCCCACAGUGUCAAAAACAACCCAACUUCGUCUACAUCCCCAUACCUCAACUCCGUCUCUUCACCGGGUACAUUAUAACCCAGAUGAAUCCCCCGCCCUCACCCAAUCAACCAACAGCCUUAUUGAACCCAUUCAUCCACAGUAUAAAGCUCACCGGUCUGCAGUGUCUAAGACCUUCACUUUAACAAGGUCUGGAUCCGCUUCUGUUAGUCCUCGUAGAAGUAGAGAAGGUAGUGAAUCUUCAGACACCCAUCCUAGUGCUCCUGUUUGGCGUCCAAAAACAACUACUCUUGUUCUGAAUAAGCCCUCGGCUCCUGGAGUUGCAACCACAGUGGUUGGGUUUAAUGGAGCAUUGCAUCGAUCUAGUCCCCAGACCCCGGUGGGUAUUCGACGACUGUCUAACAGAAAUGAUUGUUCCGACGAGCCGGAGUAUGUCGUUCGACAUCCACAUAGACCCAGACCUCACCCGCCGAGUUAUGUUUCAACAUCGAAUUGCAAUAUCUUCACGCCGAAAAAUCCUUCACGUAAUCAGUCGCCAUCACAAUCUUCCUCAACAAGACGUAGUGCUGGUGGUGGUGGUGGUGGUAGUGGUGUGUACAUCCUUUCAAGCUCACCUCUUAUCUCCUGA